AUGGCACUCAAUAAUAUCACUUGGUGCCCAUUCAUAUUCAUCCUCUUAUUAUUAUUAUUAUUAUAUGUUAUUCCCUCUUAUGCUAAUGGUGCUUCAGACACAGAAUCCCUCCUCAAAUUUAAGGAGUCCCUCCAAAACAACAAUGCAUUAUCAUCAUGGAAUGCAUCAUCAAUCCCUCCAUGUUCAGGUGAUGCUGCCAAUUGGUAUGGCAUUCUGUGCUAUAAAGGACAUACAUGGGGUUUGAGGCUUGAGAAUAUGGGCCUCAAGGGAGUCAUUGAUGUUGACUCCCUCAAGGAGUUACCAUAUCUCAGAACCAUAAGCUUCAUUAACAAUGAUUUUGAUAGCACAUGGCCAGAGCUACACAAGCUAGUUGGUUUGAAGACCAUUUACCUUUCAAAUAACAAGUUUUCAGGGGAGGUUCCUGCUCAAGCUUUUGAGGGUAUGCAAUGGUUGAAGAAAAUUCAUUUGUCAAAUAAUCACUUUACAGGUGCUAUUCCAACUUCUUUAGCAUCCUUGCCUAGGCUUAUAGACUUGAGGUUGGACGGCAACAAAUUCAGUGGCACCAUUCCCAAUUUUCAGCAAAUGUUGAAAUCAUUUACCGUAGCUAAUAAUCAAUUAGAGGGAGAAAUACCAGCCAGCCUUAGCAAGAUGCUCGCUUCAUCUUUUUCAGGUAAUGAAAAGCUAUGUGGAGCCCCGUUAGGUGCAUGCUCCUCUAAUAAGAAGAAAUCAACAGUCAGUGUUGUUGUGGUUGCGGUUCUUGUUAGUGUGGCAUUGAUUGUGAUAAUUGGAGCAUUGAUAUUAUUAGUCCUCCGUCGAAGAAGAAAACAAGCACCAACAGUGACUAGGGAAAACUCACCAUCUAGCCUUGAAAAGAAAGUAGGAGCAAUGGAAUCAUCAGAUGAAGGGAGCCAUAGGUCUACAAGGUCUUCAAGGUCCCAAGGUUCUAACAACAGCAUGAAGUUGUCCUUCGUGAGGGAUGACAGAGAUCAGUUUGAUUUGCAAGAACUGCUGAGAGCCUCUGCUGAGAUAUUGGGUAGUGGUUGUUACAGUUCUUCCUACAAGGCUGGUUUGUUAAAUGGCCCAACCAUGGUGGUGAAGAGAUUCAAACAAAUGAACAAUGUAGGGAGGGAAGAGUUUCAGGAACACAUGAGAAGGUUAGGAAGGUUGAAUCAUCCUAAUCUGCUUCCUCUCGUUGCUUACUACUACAGAAAGGAAGAGAAGCUCUUGGUCACCGACUAUGUUCAGAAUGGCAGCUUGGCUGUUCGCCUACAUGGAUACCAUGCUGUGGGGCAACCAAGCCUUGAUUGGCCAACGAGGUUGAAGAUUGUGAAAGGAAUAGCAAAAGGUGUUGAAUAUCUGUACAAGGAGUUGCCAAGCAUAAUAGCACCACAUGGACAUCUUAAAUCCUCCAACGUUCUUCUGAAUGAGUCUUUGGAACCGAUACUCACAGAUUAUGGGUUGGUACCAGUUAUAAAUCAGGAUCUUGCACCUGAAAUCAUGGUGAGCUACAAGUCCCCAGAGUAUUUGCAACAUGGCCGUAUAACAAAGAAGACAGAUGUUUGGAGUCUUGGGAUACUCAUUUUGGAGAUUCUUACAGGCAAGUUACCAACUAACUUUCUACAACAAGGUAAAGGAAGUGAGUUGAGUAUGGCAAAUUGGGUGGACUCUGUUGUCCCUGAAGAGUGGACUUCUGAGGUGUUUGAUAAAGACAUGGAGGUAACCAAAAACAAUGAGGGGGAGAUGGUCAAGCUUUUGAAGAUUGCAUUGGCUUCUUGUGAACUUGAUAUAGACAAGAGAUGGGAUUUGAAAGAAGCUGUAGAAAAUAUUCUAGAGGUUAAGGAAAGGGAUCAUAAUGAUCAAGAGGAUUUCUAUUCUUCUUAA